UAUAUAUCUUACAUUAUCUCUCUGAAUUGCUCAACAUUUUCUCUCUCUCUCUCUCACAGACCCUUCUAUAUCUCUGAAACCAAAACAAAAAACAAACACCACCACCACAUAGACAAAAGUUUGUUCUGUUUCUCAUUCUUCUCAUUUCAGAGCAUAGCUUCGAAUCGAUCUCAUACAUCAACAACAAUGGCCGAUCGAGUUCACCCCCGAGACUCUCCACCUUCCUCCGGCGAAGCAUCAACGACGUCGUCUUCCGCCCAUCGCAAUGAUCUCCCACUGAAGCCCUCCCACCCCGUCCCCGAGAAGCCAGUCCCACCGCCGGCAACUUACGUCAUCCAAGUCCCCAAAGACCAGAUCUAUCGCUAUCCUCCGCCGGAAAACGCCCGCCGCAUGCAGAAACUCGCUCGCCGGAAGCCCCGCCGGAGCUGCUGCUGCCGCUGCAUUUGCUGGUCCCUCGCCCUCCUCCUCCUCCUCAUCUUCCUCCUCGCUGCCACCGCCGGCGUCCUCUACCUCAUCUUCCGCCCCCAAGCCCCCAAAUACUCCGUCGACAGCAUCGCAAUUAGCGGCUUCAACCUGACGUCAGUCUCCUCGAUCUCGCCGGAAUUUGACGUCACUAUCCGAGCUCAAAACCCUAACAAGAAGAUCGGAAUCUACUACGAGACAGGAAGCUCCGUCAGCGUCUAUUACUCGGACGUCGAUCUCUGUAACGGAGCUUUGCCGGCGUUUUACCAGCCGUCAAAGAACUUGACAGUUUUCCAGAUGGCGUUGAAGGGGUCGAGCAUUCUGUUAAAGAGCAGCGUUCACUCGGCGUUGGUGGCUCAACAGAAGAGUGGAACGGUGCCGUUUAAGUUGAACCUGAAAGCUCCCGUGAAGAUCAAGGUCGGUGCCGUUAAGACGUGGACGAUCACCGUUAAGGUCAAGUGUGACUUGACGGUGGAUAGUUUAACGCCGGCGGCAAAGAUUGUUUCCGAAGAUUGCAAGUACAGUGUGAAACUUUGGUAGAAGAGUUGUUUAGGUGGUCUGUUUGGUUGUAGAGAACAUAGUGCACAAAGAUUUAGUACUACAGUGGGUGAUAUAAGUUUGGGGGUAUACUCUGUUAUUGUUGUUACAACAUUUUUUUUCUUUGGUUCAAAUCUUCUGUGUAUUUUUUUUUUUUUUAGAUAUAUACACCAUGAGGUUGUUAUUAUUUUAUAUAUUUUUGUAAUAAUUCCCACAUUAUUUUGAGAGUAAUUUGGGUUCUUCACUUCAUUGUA